AUGUCUGACACCUACAUGCACUUGGUGCGUCCUAACGUGACCGCACCUGCUGCUCCGUCCAACGCCAGCCCAGUCGGCGUGAAAAUUCACCAUUCCGCGCUCUUCGCCAUCUUGGAAAUCGUGUCCAAGCAGGCUCUCGACGAGAACAAGAGAAUCAUUGGAACCUUGCUUGGUGUCAGAUCAGACGACGGUGCCAAUGUCGAAAUCAGAGACGCUUACCCUGUGCCUUGCCAGGAGACCGGAGACUCCAUCUCCAUCGAGGAACACACACACAAAACCUUGUACCAGUUGUACAAGAAAGCUCAUGCCAAAGAGUAUGUUUUGGGAUGGUUUGACUCUGCUGCCCACAUUGAUGGGUCUACGGGGUUGAUUCACGACUUCUACUCAAAAGGUGCUGACAGAGCAUACCCAUAUCCUGCCAUUUACUUGAAUGUUCAGUACUUGAACGGAGACAAGAUUGAGUUCCCCAAGUUGGUUGCAUACAUUGGCGCAGCCAUUGGUAAGUCUGCCAGUCUCCAGAAGAUUGGCUGGAAGACCACCGCCAACACCAACUCGUACAUUUUCUCUCCUAUCCCACACCAGGUUGUCUCGAGCACAGUGACAGAAAAGUUCAUGUUGAACAAAAUCGCCGAGACUCCUUCGUCCAAGAACAAUGUGGUUGACCUCGAGGCUGACCAGUUGCUGACUCUUUCACACGAGAUUGGUGCUGUAACCCGCAACAUCGACUACUUGUUGGACCACAUCAACCAUAUUUCCACACUGGAUGCCGAUAUUGACUUAUUGAGAACCUUGAGCAAUACCUUGUUGAACAAGCCUACGAUUUUGUCCGACUUGGACGCAUUGAGAAAGCAUUUCCAGGAUCACAACCAGGAUAUCAUCAUGAUUGAGUUUUUGACGAGAGCAGUUAAGGAGCAGAUCGAGUUGAGUGCACGUUUGUCUGGGGAGGCAGAGAAGAAGAUUGCAUGA